AUGAAGUUCUCCAUCCUCUCCGCCCUCUUCCUGGCCACUGCCGCCAUGGCCUCCCCAGACGUCGUUGACAACAUCAACGACAUCGUCACGGGAGCCGAAGGCGUUUACUCAACCGCCAAGGCCGACGGCCAGUCCAUCGGCUCCGAGGCCGCCUCUGAAGCCACCUCCAUUGCCAACGCCGUGCACACCGGUGGUGCCGCCGCCGUGUCAACCCUGACCGGUGCUGCUGGCGCAGCCGCCACUGCUGCCGAGAGCGAGGCCAGCUCCAUCGGCUCUGAUGCCGCCAGCCGUGCCAGUGACGCUCGUAGCCAGGCUUCCACCUGGGUCACUGGCCACACCCUUACCAACUCCGAGGGCUCAGCCACUGCUACCCUGUCCACCACCAUGACUACUACCACCGGCUCUUCUAGUGACGCCUCUUCUACUGGCUCUUCCAGCGGGUCUGCCACUGGCUCUUCCUCCACCUCUGGCAACGGUGCCUUCGCUCGCCCUACCGCUAUCGGCGCUGCUGCCGCUGGUAUGGCUGGUGUCCUGGGUUUUAUGGUUGCCCUGUAA